AUUACAUUAGCCAACAUUUCGAAACCAAUUUUCAAAACACAAAAAAUCAAAAUGUCAAUCGCCUUCCUUCAAUCAGCUGUCGAUUUUUUAUUGAAAAUAUAAUGUAUUUUUUUUGUGUUGUUAUUUACAAAUACAAUGUGCGUUGUUAAAUGAAAGUGUGGUGUUCAUUAUUCGGUUAAAAUUUCUGUCAUCGUGGUGUUAGCAUUGGGCAGCGGUUUGUGCGUCGGGCGAUGGUGGGUUCGGAGUGGAAGUGAGAGCACGGGAGGGUCUGGAGCUGGGGCGCAGGCAUGCAGCGGUAUGGCUGGCGAGGCUGCGGGCACGUCGCGCGGCCUCCGAGUCUACAAGAUCGUGGUGCUCGGCGACGGCGGGGUGGGCAAGUCGGCGGUCACUCUGCAGUUUGUGAGCCACAGCUUCUUGGACUACCAUGACCCUACUAUAGAAGAUUCAUACCAACAACAAGCAGUAAUAGAUGGAGAGCCUGCCCUUUUAGAUAUUUUGGAUACUGCUGGCCAGGUGGAAUUCACAGCAAUGAGGGAACAAUACAUGCGGUGCGGCGAAGGUUUCGUUUUGUGUUACUCGGUGACGGACCGGCGCUCGUUCCGCGCCGCGUCGGAGUACCGCCGACUUCUAGCGCAGGCCCGGCCUUCGGAGAGACUGCCUUUGGUGUUGGUGGGGAACAAGCUGGAUCUCGCACCUAGGUGUAGACAAGUGACCACAGAAGAAGGUAAAGCGUUGGCGACGCAGUUGGGUUGCCCUUUCUUCGAGACUUCGGCCGCCUUGAGGCAUUUUGUCGACGAUGCAUUCCACGCCCUCGUGCGGGAGAUACGCCGGUUGGAACGACAGAGACAGUCAUCGCUAAUGGGCACGGGCAUCUCGACGGGCGGCGGCCGUCGUCGCUGGCGGCGCCUGCGCAGCAUCUUCGCGCUCGUGUUCCGCCGCCGCAGGAGACACCACGACCAGUGAAACGCUUGAUAUUGCCGCAAGCUCUUGAUAGAAAAUAUCAAAUUAUAUCGGACCUUAACCUGACCUGGUAUAUUUGUAUCGAGAAUUUUCCUUAAUAUUUCAUACUUUGCGCCAAGAAUUGCGCGCUAAUAAUUUCCUAUCUUUUAUGGUCCCGUGUACCUUAAGAAUUUUUCCUGAGAAUGUAAUAAAAUCAGCUUUGAAAAUCUAUAAUAAUAGAGAUGAUGCUGAUCUUUUGUUCCCUUAGCGAUUCGACAUGGCGGAUUAUAUUCCUUUGAACUAGUAUAUUGGCAAAUUAAGCUUCAGUGGCAUUCAAAUUUGCUGGGUUUCUGAAAGCAAUGUAAAUUAAUGAGCCAGUCGAAAUGGGCGAGAUAUUUCUGCAUUUUAUGUCAAGAAAAUUGAAAAAAACUUAUGGCAAUUUUUCAACGAAAGGGUUUAAGCAGUAAUAUUAGAACAUAUAUUUGGUGUAGUUGAAAGUAAAUUAAUAUAGGUCAAGUGAUCAGCUCACAAGGGAAACUAUGUUUAAAAUAGAGUGAGAAUUAACUGCGCUAUGGGAGGGUUGGACCAAUAAAAACAGUUAUAUAACAUUCACCAUUCAAAUAAUAUGUUAAAGCGUUUAUUCCUUCGUCGUUGAAAGAAUGGUAAGAGAAUUUAAAUGCAAUGAUAGGCAAAAUUUAUAUGAUUAUAAAGCAUUAUGUCUCAUAGAAAUGUUGAUGAAACGAAAUAUAACACAUAAUUGUGUAUUUUUUAGCUAAUUAAUUUUCAGUAACUUAUCGAACUUUAUUCAGGGGUCCAACCCUAAUUCUACCUAAGUAGACAGGUACGUCCUUACCUUCCUCUACCUCAUUGUUGUAAUGUAAAUGUUUCUACCAAUUCUACCAUUUUGCCACCCUGUUGGCAACAUUGAUAAGUAUUGCCAUGGUAAAAAAAUAUUUUUUUUUAAAACUCCUCUAUAUUAUCGGUCCUCUAGAUCCCUUGUAUGUCGUUAAGAUUCUUUUUUAAAUUACAGUAUUUUUAGUUAGAAUUAGCAUAUAUUUUGUAACUAUGAUAGAAGUACUUGGCCUAUAGAGUCUUGCCUUCCAAUAUUAUAUUGAAUGUUGUUUUGUUUUGCGUAAUUUAAAUGUUUAUACGUCAAAGCCUGUUUGCACUAUCUAUAUCUGAACAUUAUAAGGUUGGAGUUUUGAUUAUGAUUUGAAUUUUUAUGAAAACUCGUCAGCCUAGGGUGCAUUUAACCUAAUUUUUCAUCAGGAAGCCCUAAGUCCGAUCAAGCUCAUUCCAUUAACAGUCGCCUUAUAUCAUAUUCAACCUGUUUUCAUUCAUCCUUCUAACAUGUCCGAACUAUCUUACCCCUUUUCCGUUCCUAUCACUAUAAGAACUCCAGAUCACAACAUUCCCUUAUCACGCUGUUGGUUAUCCCGUCAUUACUCUUUAGCGCUCUCAUUCCCCAUUGAAAAAACUUGGUGAAAACGCGUAAAUGUGUAGGCUUUUUUUUUCUAAAACCGUUAAGGAACCUUUUUAAUUUUUUAUGUAUUUUUCCUUAUAUGUAUUAUUUUAUUGUUAUUUGUUUUGUAUGCUAAUACUCCAUAGGGUUAGAUAAGUUCCUUUAAAAUCAUACAUCUAACGUUAAUCCCGAUUACAACCUCAUCACUCUGGAGAGGAGCCUGCUGCACCUUUUCCUUUAAAAUCAUUGUUAUAGGUAAAAUAUUAUAAUAUUUGGUGCAAAUUGGCAUUUGAUGAUGUUUUGAUGUAGUCGUAUGUGUAAUUUACAUGACCCCAUAGUUUAACGUGAAAGCCUAAAUAUAGAAUAGGCCUCAAUGUAGACACAGAGUAGAAAACCACAGAGGCAAAGCUUUAGUUGAUUGCAGUUUGAUAAAUACAAGUGUCAAUCAUUUUAUUUGACGCCAUCUUAUGGAGUUAAUCCUAUUAUCUAUUUAGGAAAUAAAUAGCUAAAGAACAUAUUUCAUUGCAUCAAAUAAAAAAAAAAAUAGUACGUUUAUUAUUUUAAAUCGCAAUUCUGUAUUUUACUUAUAUGUACUUUGCAUACUUUCGCUAGUAUAUCUGAAAUAAAGUUUUCGCAUCGCAAUCCUACCCGGCUUUGUCUCUGCAGGAAUCUCUCCUGUGACUUAGAAGAAAGUCUUCCACAAUGUGGUACCCGAUAAAGCAAUAAAUAGAAGUAAUUAUGUGUUGAUCCAUUGGUUUGUUUAGAUGUUUAGCUUAUACAGAGAUAUAUUAGCGUAUUAGAGGACCUAGUAGCAGAUAUUUGAUAUGCGACAAGGAAUGAUGGCAUAUGAGAGAAUACUUUGAAAAUAAUUCGAUUUAAAAAUAGAAUAAUAUUCAUUUAAGUAAAUGCCUGGCUAUUAGGGUGAACUCCUAAUUCACACAUGUUUACUUGCUCUGAGAUCCUCACAGCUCCAUUAAAUCGACUCUAUUUGAAAUAACAGUUACAUUUUUUAUUUUGCUAUACGCUCUGACUUUAUACGUACAUUUUCUGGCGAUUUCUCUCUUAAUCAUCAUUUUGAGUCGUAUUAGUGUUUGUUCACUUGUCUAUUUUUUUAAUAAGCGCUUGUUCACACCGCAAAGAGACUUCAAACUGUUGCGUUGCAUCACAUUUCCGGUGUGAACGACGUCCAAAGGUAUAAUUGUCAAACAAGCGAAUAAACACCAUAAAAAGGCCAUAAAGUUGAAUAACCAAAGUAUAUUUUUCGAUUAAGUUACCAGUGUGAUCGAGUUUCAAUCGACCAUGUUAUAUAAGAAUUUUAAUUGGUAGUACAAUUUAUGUAAUUUAAGUGAUGUAUUGAGCUCUAAAUUUUCGCGUAUUAUAUCAACCUGACUCUGACAUGUACAACUUAGUAAUGUGACAAAGUGAACAAAAAAUUUGUAAUCGUCUUCUGUAGCUAUUGACCAGUAUUCACCAGUGAUGCAAUCUCAAACUAAGCUAAAGUAAAUGUUAGGCAUACCUAGUCCGCUAAAAAUGAAAACCUUUAUAUGACCUUGGCACUUUAACUACCUCUUUUCCGAUCCUGUUCGAAGGACCAUUUGUUGCAGUUGUAUAAUAAAAAAAAACAUUGGUAUAUUGCAAGAUCUUUUAAUGGACGUAUUCAAUAUCGUCAUUUUUCCCACAUACAGUUUGGAGUAUUUCAUAGAUCGGUUGAUGUGGUACACGAAAAUUAUAUGCAUGUGUAUCAGUAACAAAAAUCAGCAAUAAGUAUAUAAAGUAUAUUUAUAUUGUAAUAUCGAUGUACGUAUUGUAUUCGUCGAGGUGUCGGUUGGAUGUUGUAUCGUAAUAAUAGUUUGAUACGCACAAAUUUUAGUCUAGUCGAUACUGUGAAUGUAUGUAUGUGUAUUUGCGUCUCAAGAACGAAUAUUCAAUAACUUUCUAUGUGGUUCGCACAAAUUAGCAAUAAUAUAGAAUCGAGAAAUGAUAUUUUGGCUGUUGCUCCUGGUAAAUAUGUGAUGUCACGUGAUCCAAACGGCGUUAAAAUGAAUGAAAAUGGCGCGCGAUACAUAAAAAUGGCGGCAAGUAGUUCAAAUUAACGUUUACCAGUCUGUAAUAUUGUACAGGUAAAUACAUAAUCCGAACACAGGUUAACAUAUAAUUAUGAACAGUAUUGAUUAAAACAGACUAUAAAGUUAUUAUAAUAUAAAAUUUGUCGUGUAUUUUAAAAGUUUAGAUAUUAUAUAAUUAUAGUUAAGUGAAAGAUUGAAUACUCGUUCCUAGCGCAAUAAGUUUCACUGGAUGUUGUUUAGACAUGAUUUAUAUUCAUAGGUAUGAAAACCGAUAAAGGCUUUCGAAAAAAAUCAAUCUAUAUAAAAAAAAACGCGUCGUUAAUCAACAUUCAUUGAAACAAAACAGUGUCAAAGUAGGGUAUUUAUGGUUUAAACUAUUUGUAAGUAACUUGAGCUUUGCAUAAGGCGUUUGACGCCCUAAUUCGGCCCUGGGAAUGGGCGGCGAAGGUUAACCUUAAAUUAAUCGUUGUAAAGUUCAAUAUUACAACGUCAUUUUUAGUUAAUGAUAUUAAGACCUAAGUUUCACAGUUGCUUUUCUUUUUAGUUCAGUAAAAUUAUAUCACAAAAUUUCAUCAAUUGAUAAAUAUUUCAGAUAAUAAUUAACGUAUGUAUAUAACUGUCACCAAGUUUGUUGUUUAUGUAAUUCAGUAAUACAUAAAUCUACUAUAGCUGUCUGAUUUCUUUAUUAUAAUUCUUACUAACUUAUCUAUUUUAUUGCUUUUGAUAUAAACUACCUGGUUGAAGAAAAUAAUAUUAGAUCCAAACCGCUAGGUUUUAAUUCUAGUCAUUAUUAUUUGGUUUAGUAUAUGAAGAUUUUGGCCUAACUUUAUGCUUAUGAUUUGCUCGGCUGAUUAGAAACGAUGUUUCGCUCGGCAUUGCCCCGUAGUAUUUUCGUGAAGUAUUUUUAUAUUUAAAUGUACUAUCAUUCAUUUAAAAAAAACAUUUAAAAUCACGUCUAUCCGUAUACUUACGUAUUUCCAAUAAAUUCAAUUUUACCUUGUUUUGUAUCUAUUAAAACGUUAUGUUCCCAUCCAAGAGUUCAAAUUUUAGGCUCGUAUGGUAUAUUGUUAAUGUUGUUUGUAGAAUUAGCGUCAUUGGAGCCAAUCCUCGUAGUGAUUAGUAGGGCCAUGUAUGAACUUUGAUGAGGCGUAUGUCUUUUUCUCUCACUCUUUCUCUCUCUGGUUCUUAUAGAGAGAGAGAGGCAUACCCCUUUUUAAAGUUUGUGAUAAGUCACCAGAAAUAAAGUAUUUGUACUCGUGGACGUCACGUGAUUAUAUUUUUAUUGGUUCACGUCAGAACACCAUUUAGAAUUGCUUUGAGAGUGUAAUUUAAAAUGAAUUAUUACUUUUAAUUGUAUUUACUAAUUGUUUAAAGAUUUAAGUAAAACGAUGUUUGGGAGUUAUUCUAAAAGAAAUAAAAAUGCAUGCAUUAAUAAUUCUGAAAAAAAAACUCUUAUUCUAAGGCAGUGUAAUGAAUAAUAGAAAGAUUCUUUCUACCUUAAUUUUUUUUUUCAAUUUUAACGGGUUAAAUGUAUUAACUCCCAUACCUUUUAUAUUUUUAUUUUUUACAGUUGGUCUUGCUAUGAGAAUAUUAGAUUAUUUUAUAAUAUCAUUUUGUGCCGAAGCCAAAGUAUUUGAGGUUAUGUGGCUAGGUUAUAGGAUAACAGAUAGGUGCACUUUUGAUAACACUCGCUAGGACAUUGAUUCCAUAAUUAGGCAGGUUGUGUAAGAAGCCCUAUUUCUUAUAAACCUACUUCCCCUCAUUAUAGAAUUAGCAUUUUAGCGAUAGUUUGGAAAUAGCACCUAUCACUUGAUAUGUAAUAGCUGCGUGCGUGUACGCAUACCUAGGUACCUAGAUGUUCAAUACCCGUAGUUAUUACGAAUUUGACGCUUACAAACCUAUAUGUAUUUAAAUUUUAAUGUUUAAUUAAUAUAUUCCAUAGAUUAGAGAGAGUUUAUUAAGAGGAUAUAUUAUUGCCCUUAGUAGGUGAUUUGAACAAUAAUAGUAAGUGUUUUACGUACAAAAUUGUAUAUGUUGAUAAUUGUUGCAAUUUUGUUUAUUGGUCCAUAUUAUAUUUAAAAGAAUAUGUACCUAUUUUGUUAUGUGUAAUAAUUUAUAACACCAAAUAGUACCUUUCAUGUUUGUAAAAUUUAUAUUUUAUGCGAAAAUUGUAAGCAGUGUG